UCUAGAGUCAAUGAAAAAUGUCGUCUGGAAACAACAAAGAUGAAACUAAAAAAAAUCCAACAAGUCUGAAAACCAACCAGCUUCAUCAAUUAGAUGAAAAAGAACUAAGAGACUUACUAGAUGAAGCUUAUUCUUAUAAGAAGUACAGUGAUCGUGAUAGUAAGAGUAAAAUAUUUAAGGAAUUACUUGUUAAAGCUGAACUCGAGGACAAGGAACGUGUUUCAUCAACUUAUAAUGAAAUUUUUACAAGAAAAUCCCAAAAGAAAUACAGCUCUGGAGGUUCUUUACAGAAUCUAAACGAUGUUGUAAGAUUCGAAUACUUCCAUCCAACAGAUAAACGAAGUGGGUAUAGUAAAAACAAAAAAAGUCCAGUAUCUGUAACUACGAAAGAGUAUGGAGGAGGAAGUUUGCCAUGCAACUUCGAUAAUAUGCUAUACUCGGAAAAAUAUGACGAUUUGAGGACUAAUCCAUUAAAGGACAAGAAACCCUCAAGUCCAAUCAUGCAUGCUGAAAAGACAGUAGAGCAUAUGCUGGGCGAUUCUUCUAAACAAAAAGAGGAAUGCGAUUCAAAAUUAAAUUGCAUAGUUAGCCAAGUGACGGCAAAAAGUGACGAUCAAAUAGCAAAUCGUAGAAGCUCAUUUUAUGUGUCAUCCGCUGAUACUGUUAUCGACAUACCACUACUAGAAAUGAAAAAUGAAGUUGACGAUCCAAAACCAUUGCAAUUAUGUUCUGCUUACAGCUCUGUUAAAUGCAUAAUUGACGACAAGGGUAUAACGCAACCGAUUCCCAUUGUUAUGUCACACAUACCCAAAACUCCAAACACAAAUUUUAUUGGAAACGUUAAUCAAUCGGCAAUGAAACAAUUUGAUGAAAAUGGAAACACAGUAUCGUCAACAAAUACGACUAAAACUAAAUCAAAGAUCAAAGUUUCCAAAUCUGAUCGUAAUAUAAAACGAACAUUUAAAUCUACAGAUAUCGAAGGUUACAGAGGGGAAGAGGAAGUGGAAACGUUAGUGAACUACAUUGAAAGUGAAAACCAAGACAAAUCAAAAAGUAAGAAAAAGCCAAAUAUUCCUGAUGACAAAUUAAAGAAGAAAAUUAAUAAGAAAAACAAGGUGAAAAGAUACAAUUCGUUGGAAGAAUUACGAAGUACAAAAGAAUUUGUUGAUGAUGAAACUCAAAUUAAUACUGAAAAAUCUUACAGCAGUAAGAAUUUAGAUCGAUAUUCAUGGGGAAAGGCUGAAAUCUCAUUUUUACAAUCAUCAAAAGCUUCAAAUCCAGACUCAGACAUAUCAUCGAGCAACAACAACAAAAAUAUUAAUAAUAAUAAUAAUAAUAAUAAUAAUGAUAUUUGGUCCACUUAUUCAAUGGAAUCCUUGAUAAACGAUUGCUCUGGAUUCAAUUUAGUAACAAACAAGAAAAAAUCCCGAAAAAAGAUGCAGUUCUGUUUAUAUGAAAAAGAUCCUAAAACGUCUUAUGGUGAAAUCAAUAAAUGCACAAAUCCCGUAAAGACGAAAACACAACUCCAUAAGAAAACCAGUGGCACCGAAAAGAAAAUUGAUAAAAUUAUUAAAGGUAGGAGAAAGUCUCUAUCAUCAGUGCCUCAAUCUGAAUCUGAAUGCAGUGAUGUUGAGUCAGUACAUUCUUUACCUGGUUAUUCAAAGCACCAUACAUUGACUGCAAAAUCGUGUCUAUCCUAUGCCGAAAUUACAAGAAAGAGCUCUAGAACUCAAAAUGUAGAUAAUGAAAAACAUGAAGCUUCGAUUGAAACCACAACCACUACUAAUACAAUAGUUCAUAAUAAUAAUAAUAAUAAUAACAAUAAGAAAAAGAAAGAAAGUAUUGAGCAGAAAGGCGAAGACAUAAAACAGGAAACUUUUACGCAUGAGAGUGAAUUGCAAAAAGCACUUGAUAACACCAAGAACACAUCAGAAUUAAGCACAAUUAGGAAGCAUCACUUGAAUAACGUUUGUAAAACAAGUGAGGAAAUGAAGAAGGAAAAACAGAAAAAAGUUAAGAGUUUUGUGAACAAACCUGCUGUCAUUAUGAAGGAUUGUAAUGCAUCAAGUGUAAAUGAACUAGUCUUUGGUUUUGAUAUUGAUAAAGACCUAUUGUGUGAUGAUGAUGUGCAUCCCUCUCGAAAUAAAACUUACAUAACUUCUGGUCUGGCCACCAAAGAAAUCCGUUCAAUUGAUGCCACAAACGAUUCUCAAAAGACAAAACAGAUCAAAAGUAUGAAGUUACUAAAUUGUCCCACCAAUAGAAAUAGCAGUGAUUUAGAAAAUAUUGUUAACUUUGUUUCUUCAGCAUGGGAGGAGAUCAUUUUAGGUUCUAACGGGAAUGUGGAAUAUUACAAUUCAGCCUUUAAUUUAUCUGCAUAGAAGUAAAUCUAAAAUAAAGAAAUUAGAUCUCGAUAAGACGUUAUUGGAAGAAGAAAAAAAAUGUGAAAUAAAUAAUUUUCAAAAUUGAAAGUUUUUACCAAUAUUUUAUUAUGCUCAGAAAGUGUGAUAAGUGAGUGUGCAUAAGUUUGACGAAAAGGUAUAUUUAACAUAAUAUACAUAUUUUAUAGUAUGAGCUCAUUUUGAAACAUAGGUUUAUAUUAAUAACUUAGAUUGUUAACAUAUAGAUAGUGUAAUUCCGUCUUUGGAGUAUUUUCAAACAAUGCAGCACGAUUCUGUCCUUCGCCUUUCUUGACCCAAUGGCCAUACACGCGAAAUGC